AUCGUCCUACCUUCGUAUGUCCUCUAUUCCCCAUCCCCCACACAGUGAGACGGCAACGAGACGCCGAAGCUGAGUCGAAUUAUUCAUACGAAAAUCUGAGAAAUUGCGUCUGUCUAUCACCUGUGAUCCAAAUCUUGUACUAAUAGCAAUGACGAUUCCCGACUUAUUUUGAAAGUGUUAAUUAUAAAUAAGGGACGUUUUGUUUCACAUCAGUGAAAAGUUGUUUUCAGUUCAUCAUAUUUGAAACUUGUCCAAGUUUUGUAGCAGUAAAUGAAUGAACCAACGUUAAAAUUGAUGUGACAUUGACGUCCCCCGGUUCUGGCAUCAUGCGAAGUUGAAUUAUUCAAUAAAAGUUGCUAGAAUUUUCAAUAUGGAAGGAAUUGUUGUUCCAGAACCCCAAGUUUUGGAAACCAAUUCAGAGGUCGAAGUCAAUCAGUUAGCUGAUGUUGAGCAGUCUAACAAUGUUCAUUCUAGUGAAAGCUUGGUGCCAAAUAUUAGCAGUGAUGUUGUGUCAACUGGGGAUGUCAGUAUGGCUGCCAUGGCUGCAAGCCCUAGUGAAAAUGUACUGAAUGAAGACAAAGAAGAUUGCAGUCAAGGUGCUGAUUUAGAACAAGUUUCAAGCUCUACUGAAUCAUUCACUGGUCAAUGCAGGGAUGUCUUGCCAUCUGUCAAUCAUCAAAUGGUGGUAAUUCCGAACAUGGAACCGUAUUUGGAAGAUGGAUCUCUAGAUGGAACAUCCAAAGAACUUCAAGAUCCUACAUCUACCAAUGGAAAUCUAGCGAUGGAAGAUAACUCCAAUCCGGACCCCACUUCCAACCAUGUUGAUUCAGCAGAUCCAGAAGUAACCCUUGUGCAAGAAAACAGGGAGGAUAAUCUGGAAUCAAAUUUGAAUUCAGGUGCUUGCCAACACUCUGAAGAAGUUACAAUAAACUCCGACAGCACUGAAACUGCUCUUAAUAAUGGGACAACACCUGAUGAUGAACAGGUGGCUAGCUGUAGCAAUCAGCUGAUUGAAAAGGCCACCCCUGCAAUAAGUGAUGAUGCACCUGUCAUAGCAGACACUGAAGAAUAUGGCAUUGCAUCAGUUCCAUUAACUAGCGAAGAUGUUGUGCCUGGAAACGACAGCGUUGGUUCAGAAUUACAAACGGCUAACGUUGAACCUGGAAUUGCCGAAGCUGAAUCUGCCGAGCAAUUCAACAGUAUUGAUGAAAGUGCAACAACCCAUUUCACAGCAGGAGAAACGUAUUCGGAAGGUGAUGUCAUUAACGAAGACCAAAGCCUCGUGACCUCACUGUCUCAAACAGAGAUGACAUCUCAUUCCGAAGUAUCCAACAGUGUUGCUGAUUGCACAACAGAAGCAAACUGUAACGAGAUGGAACACGGAGAAAAUGCCCCAGAAUCUGCAUGUCAACUACUAGAAGUAAACGAAGGAUUAGGAGAAGCUGCAGUCUUGGAAAGUGAUUUCGCCGAUUCUAGCACACUCGAAAUUGAAGAACGGGAAUUGGUCGCUACUGAUGCAGAAGCAUCCGAAAUUCAACCGGAAGAUUUGAAUGGUAUUCCUGAUCCUGAAACAAGUGAAUCAUUCGCUGUAGUUGAGCCUGAACAUUUGGAAAAUGGAAUUUGUGUCCCCGAAGUAGUAACCGUGGAUUCCAGUGUUGAUGAUACGAUUCAGGAGCAUGUUGAUCGUACACCAUUGGAAGGCACGUCGAGUACGCUUGUAUGUGGUAGCUAUGAAAGCGAGUGCAUCGAAGGAGGGAACGUCGAAGAGAAUGUAGAAGCCAACCAGGCAGAUAGUGGAGUCCCAGAAAGCGACUUUGUUGAUGGCGGAGCUACAGAGAGUGACUUUGUUGAUGGAGGAACCGCAGAAGGCGAUUUUGUUGAUGGCGGAACCACCGAAGGUGAUUUUGUUGUUAUUGGAGCUGUUGAAUCCGAAUUAGUGAAUGAAGAAGCCAUGGAAACUGACCAGAUUCAAGCUGGAACUAUAGAAAAUGAUGCACCAACUGUAGAAGCUGACCCAAUCGACGAGCAAGUUGGUGAGCCUGAUGAAAGCCAAGGUAUUACCCUUGACAAUCCCGUCGCAACUGAACAAGGCGAAGUUAUUUAUGGCGAUCCCGUUGAAAGUGGAACGAUCGAGGAAGAGUCUACUGAAGCACAAUCCGUUGACACGCAAUUAAUGGAAGCACAUCUCAUUGGAGCUCAACCUGUUGAAGUUCGGCCAGGUGACGAAGGAGUCGAUUCCAGUUACUAUAUGAAUUCAGUCGACAUUGAACAGCCGGAUGGAGCUAUCGUGGAAGGAGUGGAGGCUUCUGCAGACCUCGAGAAUCCAACGUCUUCUCAUCUGGAAACUAAUUAUGGAGACAAUGAGGUGGAGAAUUCUGAAUUGAUUAACAUGGACACGAACAUGUCGAACCCGACUGCUGUCUGCGAAGCUGAUAGUUCGGCUGCAGGGAUGGAAGAACCCGCCUACGAGACGCAGCAAAUGGUUGACACGCAGAACGUUUACGUAGUGGAAGACGGUCGGUUGACUCUCAAUUCUGUUCAGCCAUCAAAUUCCAUCAAUAAUUAUCACAACGCCGAGAAUGCCAUGUUGGUAGAGAUGGCUCCUCUUUCUACCGAUGGAUCUUACGUCGAUUCUCAGGUGAGUUAUGUCGACGCUGGGCAAGAAGGAAUGAUAACAGAUGCACAGGCUGCUGAACUUUUAAUGAGGGUUAGUGAACAUAGACCCAUGUCUCUACAGUCACUUCAGCAAGAUUCUUCUUCAUCUUCCGGCCCUUACGUCCAGGUGCAAUUAGCACAGACCGUAGAUGGUAUUACCCAUCUUGUAGAAGUUCCUGUUUCAGCCCUUGCCGGCUACGGUCUGUCUUCCACGUUAGUCUAUUCGACGUCGGGAGGAGGUAGCUCUGGAAGUGGAGGUUCGGAUAUGAAUACUUGGGUGCAAAUGCAUGAAAAUGCUAAUAACAUGGAACAACAUCAUCUUCGCACGGAAAAUAAGUUUUCAGAUAUUGUGUCUGCCUCGAUAGAAGCCAUCGGCUUCCCAGAAUCUUCUACUCCCGGAGCCAACAUCUUAUCUCAAGCUGAGCAGAUUUUAAUUGCCUCUGAAAAUGCCGCUCAAGAAUCUGCGGCGGCAGCAGCUGCGUCUAGCAACUUCGAGUUUGAUGAAAGCUCCAAUUCUUCCAUUACGUUAAUCAACGAUAAAGCCACUACUUCCUACCCCAGGCCAAAGCGAGAAAGCAUUGAGUCACGAAUUCAUAAGCUGCUUCGAGGUGCCAAUGCUCCAGCGUUAGAAGUUAUUGAAGAACCUAUGCAAAUUCCAGGGAAAGCUUCACCUAGGAAUGUAAAACUUGGCCCGGUACAAUCUCCUAAGCCUGCUAUUUCCUCUACUGCUUCAUCACCGGCCACUGUGACAUUGAGCUUGAGCCCAAAUCAAAUGAAAAAACCUGGACGAUUGGUUACAGCUACCAAUUCAAUGGGUCGCACCGUGACUAUUCCUACUGUUUUUACGGCCACAAAUCAAUCCGCAAAUAAAGCACCAGCCUCGACAUUGCCGCCUGGAAGUGUUGAUUAUUUUAUGCCUCGGGGAGUGAGUAAACGCAAAGCACAAACUUUUAAAGCUUCCAAAAUCAACGCAUCGAAUCCGAAUUCCAUCGACGUGGAACCCGCACCACCUGAAGAAACCCAGGUGAAAUUGGCUAUGGGAGUUGAUAUGCUGGACGAAGACGAUUUGCACAAGGAUGACGACGAUUUUAACCGAGCUGUUCUGUUGCAAGCCCGGCAACGGCUGCAGUCGGAACAGGGAACGAAUUAUAAUAAAUUCAGUGGUCAUUCUUCCUCUUCAGUCCACCUAUCAUUGCCGAGUGGGACGAUUAAAGUAGACGAAGAAGAUAUGACUCCCGCCAAGCGAGUGAGGUUGUCGUUCCCUCCGGAAAAGUACGCCAAUCUAGAGAGCGUCAGUUCCUCGUACAUGGCUGAUCUUCAAACUCCCAAACUAACCUACACAAUUCCUCGAACCCGGCAAGUUCGACCGAAAAUAAUUAAGGAAGCAGUUAGUAUUGAUAAUUCGCCGAAGCCAGAGAAGGAGAUAAGUGUGCGGCUUCCUUGGAUGGAAGACGAAGAAGAAUUAAAGCGGAAGCGCACGCCUCCACGUAUCAUCCGUCAAACGAUAGCCGCUGAAUCUAAGCCCAGGGAAGUUGAUGUAACAACAUUCGACAUCGAUCCAGACUCGGAACAGUCUGAUCAAGUUAUCGUUAUCGGCUUGGAUGAAACCGGCCAACAACCCUCAGAAGAGCAACUGACGGCCAUUAUUCAGGCGGCUAUGACAAAACGCGAAACUUUGGUUCCUGAAAGGCCAACCCCACCGCGGCCUUCGCCUGCUCCCGUCGCUAGUGUCAACACACCCAAAUCCUAUUCGAUGAAGCGGAAAGCAGUAGAUGACGAGAACGGUGUUGAAACAGAGGAAAAUGGUGUCCGACUAAAGGUUAUUCGCACGUAUGAUCGAGGUCUUGGCACACCACGGAAGAGACCGCCUCGCUCAAAGAAACUUUCCACUUUUCUGGAAAUCUUCGAGUUUGACGAAGACGAAGAAGAGGAAGAAGAUGAAGAGGAAGUUGAUGAUCUGGAACGUUUCUCGCAAGCCCUAGUGGAUGAAGAAAAUGCUAUUAGAGAGAAGGAGGGUCAGCCGAAGAAGCCAGUCGCUUCAGCAUCGAAGAAUGCAGCUGUUUCGACUGCGACAUAUUCUCGUGGCCGAGGUAGAGGACGUGGUCGUGCUUCUAGCCACGGUAGUGGAUUGCGCCAAACUCCGGAUGCGCCUGGUUCUAUUGCUUCUCCAGCUGUCAGAGGUUCCCGAUCACGGGGAAGGCCACCGCGUGGAUCGAAAAUAUCCUUCCGUUCGAAAAUAAAAGACGAGAAUUCAGAAGAUGAUUACGUUGCCUACGAGGAUGACGAGGACGACGAUUACAAGCCCAGAGGACGUGGCCGUGGUCGGGGCCGAGGUCAAAGCCGUGGAAAAAGGGGUCGGCCUCGAUCGGUAUCGAGGGAAGAGCCUGUCGUCGAAGCUCAGGAGGAGGAUGAGGAGGAGGAAGAGGAAGACGAAGCGAGGAUUCCGGGCAUGCCUUCUAAACCUUGUCCUCAAUGUGACGAACGAUUUACUACUCGGGAGGGAUUCUUGGACCAUAUUGUUGUUCAUUCAAGUGCCAACUGUUUGAUGGAAAUGUGCGAUUGGGUGAAUCCCGCUUCGAAGGAGAAGACGGCGCGUUUGAAACGGGAACAGCUAAAGCAACACAUGCUGAGCGUUCACUCUGAAUCUAUCCCGACAGCAUAGCAUCAUAGCCGCUCGAUAAAACAAGAGUGGUGUGUAAUUGUACAAAAUGAGCCAACUUUAUUUAGUUUCUCAUCCUUGCAAGCCAUACCGCCUUUUUCCUGCUACUCUUUUAAGGGAGGUAUUUCGUAAUCUCUCGUCUGUGUAGCUAUUUCUCUCCUUUCGUUUUCAGAUUUUUUUAUUAUUAUUUUUUUUUGGUGACAUGGAUAAUUUUUUUUUCUUCUGACUUUUUCUUUUCUCAUGAAGCGCAAUCAAUUUUAUGAGAUUGAAACAGUUACUACUAAUACACACCCAAGUCAAAUGAA